UGGUGUCUCUCGGCUUCCGUUGAGCAACGGGCAAGAUGGCGGCCUCCGAGACGGUUAGGCUACGGCUUCAAUUUGAUUAUCCGCCUCCAGCUACCCCUCACUGCACGGCCUUUUGGCUUCUCGUCGACUUGAACAGAUGCCGAGUGGUCACGGAUCUCAUUAGUCUCAUCCGCCAGCGCUUCGGCUUCAGUUCUGGGGCCAUCCUGGGCCUCUACUUGGAGGGGGGGCUUUUGCCCCCAGCCGAGAGCGCGCGCCUGGUACGAGACAACGACUGCCUCAGAGUUAAAUUAGAAGAGAGAGAAACUGCGGAGAAUACUGUAACAGUCAAGAAUGGUGACGAUAGUCAUUUAUUACCCAGAAAAGCAAAGAAGAGGGCAUUUAAGUUGGAGGAGGGUGAAGAAACCGAACUAGAUUACAGAAAUUCAAAGAAACAUUGGAAGAGGCAAGAGAACAGUAGCAAUGGGAAGACCUUGGAUCUAGAACCUAAAGCUGCCACAGAUCAGAGUAUGAGGAAAAAGGGCAAGAGGAAAAACAAAGCCAUGUGUGGUGUAGUGGAUGGUGAUGACGAAGAAACCAAAAGAAAGUCACCAAAGAGGAAGGAGAAAUGCGAACUUAAAAGGCAGACCAAGAACUCCAGGUCUUCUAAAGCACAGACGGUGAAGGACUGGGCCAUCUCGAACUGUGGUCCUCUGAAAAGCUCACCUGCUAGGAACAACCUUGUCAAAGCCAAAAGGAAAGGCGGCGCGGGCGUCUGUCCAAAAGACAGCCCCAUUUCCUCCUCAGAGUCCGAGUCUUCUCAUGAGUCCACCAGUGAUGGUGUCAGCAAUGUCCUCUUGGAGGUCAGAAAUUCCUCAGAGAAAACAUCAACUGAGUUAUCAAAGGAGGGGCCCUCGACAAAAAACACGACUGCAAACAAAGUGGCUGCCAAAACUGGCUUCACCUGUGCGGCCGUCAAGUGCAAGACCACCAGAGCAUCAUCGUCCAGUUCGGACUCCAGCUCGGAGUCGGACGACCAGUGCACGGUGUCGAAGAGCGCCCCGGAGCGCGCUGCGGGUUUCUUAAAGCCUGUAGGCCUCUUUGCAGGAAGAGGCUGUCCGGGCCCGGGGCCGUGCGCGCAGACCCCACACGCUGCCGGGUGGAAGCUCUCGGACGCAAACGGUGCCAGACAGGCUCCUCCCGGGCCCCCUCCCAACGUGACUCUCCCCACCAGUUUGGGAAGAGGCUGGGGGAGAGGAGAGGACCUUCUUUCUUGGAAGGGAGCUAGGGGUCGGGGUGUGCGGGGGAGAGGCCGGGGCCGAGGGCAAGCUGUUUCCUUUGUGUUAAAUAGAAACCCUGAGUAUCAGAAGCACCAGCAACUAAAUGAAAUGGUAACAAACUCCUCUACUAUUAUCCAGAAUCCGGUAGAGACACACAAGGACUACAGUUUGUUACCGCUCUUAGCAGCUGCCCCACAAGUUGGAGAAAAGAUUGCAUUUAAGCUUUUGGAGCUGACAUCCGAUUAUUCUCCUGAUGUCUCUGACUACAAGGAAGGAAAAAUACUAAGCCACAAUCCAGACACCCAGCAAGUAGAUAUAGAAAUUCUUUCAUCCUUACCUGAGCAGCCCAGGAGACCCGAGCUCCCCCUAGUGGAGGUGUGUGUUCACUAUGGAUUGUUGGAUCUGUUUACAAAGCUGUUAGGCAAGUUGUUCUUAUUCCUGUAAUUAUGCAGUUUCAUAAAAACUGCAUUAACUAAUGAACAUUGAUUGCAAAAAGAAUUAUUUCUGUGAAACCCAAGUUGAAUGCCGACCCAGGAGUAUAACUAAGAAAUUUACUAUUCAAUCGUGUGGGUGGAUCUGCUUUGAGAUUGGGAGGAAUCUGGUAAAAAUCUAGGAAGAUUCUGAACUCAGGCUGCCUUGCUAGUAUUUGCAUUCUUGUAUCCCUUUAGAAGAACUCAGAACUGGAAAUUGUAGAAAUUGCAGAUAUACAUUAAGUAUGUGGUUUAUGAAAGAAAGAGAACUCUAGUCAGUGGGCUCCUAAGACCUUCUCAGGUCUAUCUCCAAAGAUUGGCAAAUGAGCAUACUUCAGUGUGUUAAGUCAAAAUAGAAUGUCUAAAGUAUAUGUGCGUGCACACUCUCACACAUUGUUUUAAAUGGCUCCCUGCUUUAUCCCUGAUUCAUCUCACCCAUUAUUGGUUCUAAAAUCUGAGAAUAAGAGAGCUUUUACUGUAUGUGGCUUCACUUGGGUUGUGUUGUAGGGGUCCCUGGCCACAGAUCAGGGGAGACCCUUUUUCUUUAGCAGACCCGAAGGCAAUUAAUGAUAUUCUCUUUGUGUUUAAAUAAUGUAGUGAGUAAAAGAUUCAAAACUCCCGUACACAGUAAUCAGUUAACAUGGUUUUCCAACGAAGUCCCUUUAUAAUGUUAAGUAAAUGAUUAGAUAUAACUUAAAUUGGUUUUCCAGCUUUCUUCUCAUUAGGUUUUAUUUGAGGAAAUCUCUCUUCCUAGGAAUGGUGGGCAAAGAAAUUUGUCCAUGGUCAGAUUCCACGACACAGCCUGAUCACUGCUUGUUAGGUGAUUGACAGUGAUAACAUCCAAUUAGAACUUUUCUUCUUUGGGGCAUCAAGAAGUGUCUUUUAUCUGCUCACUGGUGGAAAUACAGGUAGUCCUCGCUUUGCAUGGUUCUGAUAUAUAGGAACUUUAGUUACCAUGGUUUAGUUAAAUAACACCAGUUCCCAAAGACAUUAGAUAUGUUACCUGUUAACUGACUAGUGGCACAAAGUUCUGCUAAUUCUUCAGCCCACAGAUCGCUACGUAAAUAACAGAUGCCCAUCAUGAUCGGUGACCAGUCAUGUCACGUCCUUCCAAGUCUCCUGGUGAUAAGUCACCGUGCAGCUGUUACUCAGUUCCCAUACACGCAGCAUCGCAUGAGGCUGUGCUGUCUCCUUGUACAAUCUCAGUGAUAGACCCACAGGGCAUCUUACAAAAAUGGAUAAUGGAGGUAGGGAAUUGGUCGACAGAGAUGAAAGUACAACAAAGAAACAAAAAGUGAUAGUUCUGGAGGUGACACCCAAGUGAAGUUUAAACUUGUGGAGUUAGAAGAAACCGCUAACCGUGGGGAUGUUGGAACUGCAGUUUAUGUGAGCUUGACAUAAAGGAAGAAGGUAGUGGUGAUGACAGGGAUAAAGAGGUCCCGGAGGUGGCAUCAGCAAAAACAUCACACAAUUGCAAAACAGAAACAAAGAAGCUCCAAGAGUUAUUUCACGAUGAUGUCAAGAUCUCAAAGGAAAAAAUACUGAAAGCUGAUCCACGCUUAGAAAGGUGUCUGCAAGUUCCGUAAAGUGUAAAGACACAACAACACAGAGAUGUGUUGUUGUUAUGCGACAGGAAGGCAAGCACUGUUCAAGCCACCCUUGAUAAGUUUCCUUUUCCUUUUUCUUUUCUUUCGCCUGAUAAGUUUCUUACAAAGAAAUAGAACACUAGUUCUCGGUCUUUUUGAUGUCUCAGAUUACAGUGUACUACAUAAAUGCUAGUUUUACUAUUUUUCAUCUCUACUGUACAGUAAUUUUAAUGUUCUGAUAGUUUUUAAAGGUCAUGAGACAAUCAUAAUUUUUCCAUUGGUUAUUCAGGUAGUUUUGCAUGAUGUCAGCCUGGAUGGUCAUUUUUAUGGUCCCACGCUACCAUGCAACGCGAGGAUUGCUGUAUUACCAAGUAGUAAGCACAUUUAAUUUCUGAGGACGGAGCAAAAUACACAAAUUUUGCAGAAUUUAUAUCACGUUAACCUGCUGAAACAGGUCCUGUAUCUGUCGGGUUACCUAAUGGUCACACGUUCUUUUCUGGGAGUACUAAUAACAGUG